GAAUAUCCACAUGUUGCGGCAGAAUGAGACAGCGUGUCCAGGUGAGCAGUGUGGUCAGUGGUCACUGGCACAGUGCGACGCAAAAUAUCAUGAUAACCAUGCUCGUCAAGGUUUGAAGCAAGGACGUCAAGAGAGAAACCACCGUGUCUUUGUGAUCUCACCUACAAUGCCGCCGGUGGUGUUACGGAGAAUAGAAAGCCUAAUGACUGCCACUGUGGAUCUAGCCUUCAAGGCUAUACCAAAAAACAGCACUGCCUUCCUGAUUUGGAGGAUAGAGCACAUGCAGUUAGCGCCUGUCCCUAAAGAUCAGUAUGGAAAUUUCUUUGAGGGGGACUCCUACAUUGUCUAUGCUGCAUCUGAGUAUGGGAAACCUGUUGCAGCAGAUUCCAAGCCUGUGCAGAUUCAUGGAAUUCCUGAGGUCCACAUCCACUUCUGGCUGGGCAAGGAAACUACCAAUGAUGAGGCUGGUGUAGCAGCAUACAAAACAGUAGAGCUGGAUGACUACCUGGGGGGCAGUCCCAUCCAGCACCGUGAGACACAGGGCAGUGAGUCAACUAGAUUUAAGGGAUACUUCAAGAUGGGCAUGAGAAUACUGAAGGGUGGAGCAGCUUCAGGUUUCAACCAUGUCACUGACAUGUUCGAACCCCGUCUCUUCCACAUCAAGGGCAGGCGUUCACCAACUGUCACUCAAUAUCCAAUCUCUUGGGAACACUUCAACAGUGGUGAUGUGUUCAUUAUUGACACAAAGGAAAUUGUGUUUGUGUGGGUUGGCAGGUCUGCUAAUAAUAUGGAGAAAUUGCAGGCUUGCAAGGUGGCCGAAAAACUCAGGGAUGAGCACAAGGCCAGCUCCAUUGUCUUUGUGGACGAUGGAAAAGAGAACUCAUUGCCUGUGUGCGAGAGAACAGUGUUCAAUGCACAUCUCAGCUUGAGUAACCGCAAAGUCAAGUCUGCUGAAGAUGCUGGGGCUGAUGAUGUGCAGGAAGAAGCAGACCAAGGGACACUUACUCUGUAUCACUGCAGUGAUGAGGAUGGUACCUACAAAGUCACAGAAGUGAAGUCUGGACCCUUGGAACAGACAGACCUUACAUCUGAGGACAGCUUCAUUAUUGACAAUGGUUCUAAAGGUAUCUGGGUAUGGAUAGGCCGCAAAGCAUCGUCAAAGGAGCGGGUGGAAGCAAUGCGUAAUGCUCAGGGGUAUGUGACCAAGAAAGGAUAUCCAAGCAACACAUUAGUCACACGAGUGGUAGAUGGAGGAGAACCCAUCGAGUUCAAGGCGUUGUUCAGCUCAUGGAAGGAGCGCAACCAGACAACUGGCAUGGGGAAACAAAGCACUGUGGGCAAGAUCGCUACCACUGUCAACAACAAGUUCGACGCUUCCACCCUGCAUGAAAAACCAAAGCUUGCAGCUGAAUCACAGCUUGUAGAUGAUGGAACUGGAGAACUCACUGUAUAUCGUGUUGAAAAGUUCCAGCUGGUCCCUGUGCCUGACAAACUACAGGGUGUGUUCUUCUCUGGUGACUGUUAUGUUGUGAAGUACACAUACCUGACUGGAGGCACUGAGAAAUACCUCAUCUACUACUGGCUGGGCCAACACUCAUCUCAAGAUGAGCAGGGUACUGCUGCACUCAAGACAGUAGAACUGGAUGAUGAGCUGGGUGGUGCAGCAGUUCAAGUGCGGGUGGUACAGGGCAAGGAGCCAGCACACUUUCUUAAUAUCUUCAAAGGCAAGAUGAUUAUUCUGCAUGGUGGCAAGGCAUCUUCAUUCGAUGGUGAAGGAGCUAAAGACACUGGAAUUCCUGAUGAUUUCUUGCUGCAGGUGCGAGGCAAUGAUAGUCAUAACACCAGAGCAACUCAGGUUGACCUCCGAGCAGCCUCACUGAACACUAAUGAUGUGUUCUUGUUGAAAAUUGGUGGUUCCAGCUAUGUGUGGUGUGGUAAAGGCUCUACAGGUGAUGAACGUGAGAUGGCCAAGAAGAUUGCUGCUGUUAUUGCUCCAGGAGAUCAAGAAGUAGUAUAUGAAGGUCAAGAGAAGUCUGACUUCUGGGAAGCAAUUGGAGGCCAGGAGGAAUAUGCAAAUGACAAGCGCUUAGCAGAUUCCACUGACCGCAUGCCUGCCAGACUAUUUCAGUGUUCCAAUGCUACUGGGGUAUUCAAAGCGGAGGAGAUCAUGAACUUCACACAAAAUGACCUUGUGUCCGAAGAUGUAAUGAUGCUGGAUGCUCAUGAUUCCAUUUUUAUAUGGAUUGGAAAAGACUCAAACAAGGAUGAAAGAGACAAGGCUGUUCAGAUGGUCAUGGAGUAUCUCGCAACAGAUCCCUCAAACCGUGAUGACAACACAACCAUCCUGAAGGUGAAGCAAGGUUAUGAACCUCCCACAUUCACUGGCUUCUUUGGAGUCUGGGAUACUUCACUGUGGAAUGAUAACAAAUCAUUUGAGGAUGUGCGUCACGAACUAGAGGGUAGCAACCCAGUCCUGGAGCUGGACCCCCAACUGAUUGAUGGCGCAAGGAACUUCAGUGACUUCCCCAAGUAUCCACUGGAGAAGCUCCAGGCUUCAGCUGAUGACUUGCCUGAAGAUGUAGACAAAACACGCAGAGAACUGCAUUUAUCAGAAAAGGAUUUCAUGACAGCAUUCAAGAUGGAUCAUGGGCAGUUCUCUAUGCUACCAGUGUGGAAACAGCACAACUUGAAGAAGGCUGCAAGGCUCUACUAACACAGUGGCAGCUUCCCAUAAUCACUACUACUCAAAUUUCAGUGUGUCAAUAUUCUACUGACAUUUUGCAUACCAUUUUAAAAGAAAGAAUGAAUGAAUGAAUGAAUGAAUAGGAAUUUAGCUUUCAAUUUUGUAAUGUAAAUAAAGUGAAAAUUCUGGUGCUCCUAAUACUAGUCCAUUCUCUGCUAAUUGCAACAUUAGCCUGGAUAAAAAAGAUUACUUUGCAACAUGUUCACAGUAAAAGCAGUAAUCAAAGACUACAGAACACAGCUGGUUGCUUUUUGAAAAAGGAGCUAGACUGUGAGUUAAACUAAAACAAUCUGUUGAAGCCAAAUAUAUUUCUUUCUCAGUACCCACUAAUCCCAGUGAACAGCACUGGAGAAUCACCUCAAGUUUAUGACAAGGCUGCCCAUGAUACUGUAUGUAAAUUAUACAGCCUAAAAGACGGAAAAUUUUGUGCAAAGUUCAUUCCUAUGGCUCUUGCUAGUG